AUGGGAGCCACCUCCCUUUCAUCCAGCUCGGCAGCAGCAGCCAUCCUCCACCUCGUCCUCUUCCUUGCAGCAGCUCGACGGCACGGCGCGACGGACUACACCGUCGGCGACUCCGCCGGGUGGAGCAUCGGCCCCAACUACCUCACCUGGUCGCAGAAGUACAACUUCACCGCCGGCGACACCCUCGUGUUCGACUACGUGAAGGAGCAGCACAACGUGUACCGGGUGACGAAGGACGAGUUCCGGACGUGCGAACCGGCGAACCACACGCUUGGCGUGUGGGCGACGGGCCACGACCUCGUCAACCUCACCGUGCCGGGGGACUACUACUUCCUCUGCAACGUCACCGGCCACUGCCUCGGGGGCAUGAAGUUCUCCAUCACGGUGGCCGCGCCGGCCCCUCCUCCACCGCCGUCGCCGCCCCCGCCGGCCCUGCCGUCGUCGCCGCCGCCGCCGAGCUCGGGCGGCGCGCCGUGGAUUGCACGGCGGCCCGCGUGGCCGGAGGUGGCGCGGAUCCCGUUCCUCGCGGCGAUCGGCCUGCUGCUGAUUCUCGCUUGA